AAUGGAUUCCUCAAAUUUAGAGGAACAUUUAAAAGCAAUGUUAACGGAUGCUUUUAAUAAAGCACAGACGGCUGUCUUAUUGGAUUCUUCUAAUAAUAUUAAUGAUGCUAUUCAUGCAUAUACACAAGCUUGUUCACUAUUAAAAGAAGUUAUUACGCAACUUCCAGAGGGUAAAUAUCAAGAACGUUUGCAAGUGAUAUAUCGAACAUACUUAGAACGAGUUCAGUUACUUGAUGGACUUCAUCAUUCGGAUUUAGAUGAUGCGGAUGAAUCAGUAUUUGCAGAUGCACAGACAACGGCAUCAUCUCCUGUAGGGUUUUUUCCAGAAUCUUCACACUCUGAAUCUUAUGAUAAAUCAAAUUCUUGUACUUCGGAUUUAUCAAAAAAAUCAUUUACAAUGAAUUAUAUUAAGCAGAUUUCAUUCUCUGAUAUUAAUUUAUUAAGUCCAAUAAAGUAUUUGUUAAAACCUAUUAAAGAAAUCAUUUCUCCGCCACCGUCUUUUUCAGCAUCUCCAAUUCAGGCAGAGUCUGUCAUUCCUUCGGAUUCUAAGUCAUUGGAACUUGUUAAAAACACGGAUGAUAUAGAAACUGAUGAUAAAACUGUGGAAGAAAAGAAAUCUGUUCCAUCUGAGAAAGUCCCUGUUGAAAAUGAUUCUGAUUUGGUUUCUAAACAGAUAUUUUCUUUGAAUAGUACAUUUGCUAAUUGGUCGCCAUUAUUGGAUGCUUCAUGCAUUUUUUCUCAAGCUGAUGAUUCGAAAAAACCUAUUUUCCAAUAUGAUUCAGCGGAUUCUUUAAUCUUUGAAGAGACUCAUAUAGCACCUUUUUUAAAAGUUUGUUCAGAUCAUGAAUUGCAAAAAGAAAAUCAACAUACUGAUAUUUUUCAAGAAAAUACUUCGAAUGAAAAAAAAGAUACUUUUAUGUAUCAAGAUGAUCGAUCUUUUUCUGAAACUAAAAGGAAAUUGUAUUCUUUGUAUAAUAAUUCUUGUGUUUCUUUGAAUUAUUCUGAUAAAUUAUCUACAAAUUUUUCGGAUAUAUUGACAAAUUCAUCGGCACAAAUAUCUACUACAACAUUAAUUCCAUCUAGUUCAUCAAAUAAAACAAGACAUAGCGAUAUAUAUAUGUCGUUCUUACAUGAUAAUAUACUCCCUAAAACUGCUUUGCUGGAAGUGGAUCCUAUACAUAUGCAAAAGCCUAAAGAUUCUAUCGAAAAAACAUAUUGGCUAAUGAAAAUUCUUCAGAAAUUAUUAAUACCAUUUAUUAUUAAGUCUGAAGGAUCUUAUAUAACACCUCGACUUUUUAUACCCAAAGAUAUAUGGUAUGUUAAAAAUGUAAAAUUAAAAGGAGAAGAAGAAAAAAUUAAAGUCUGUGAAUCUUUGAUAUUUACUCUCAAUAAAAUAAAGUCUCUUAAGCAAGAUGAUCUUCAAUCAUUAAUUAGAGAAUUGGUGUAUUUGGAUAAUAUGGUUGAUAUAUUUCGUUUUUGGCUUUUAAAAAAAUUCGGUACAGAAGUUGUAAAUCCGAAAAAACGAUAUGGAAUUAUUAAAUUUAUUAGUAAAUCUAAAUUUUUGAUAAAAACCCCUCCUCCCAAUGAAUUUAAUACACAUAAAUUUGGAAUUGUACAGUUUGAUGGUCCUAGGAAAUCAUAUUUGACCUCUAUUUACCGUCUAUUUGGAUCUGCGCAAAUUAUUGGACAAGUUUUAAAUAUAUUUGAUUUUCAUGAAUUACCACUUAAAGCUCAAGACAGCAUUCAUCAAAUCUUAAUAAAUAUCUCUGACUUUUUUGAAAAUGUCGUAUGUCAUUUUGUACUUAUCGAUAUAAAUGUAUUGCUUGAUCAUUUCAUUAAACAAUUGCUUUAUGGAAAUGACUAUAAUCCGAUUAUUGGCUCAUAUUAAUCUUAUAUUUCU